CCACACAUUAACAUUUCGUCAUUCACUUCACUUUCAUAAAGCCUACUGCUCUUUUCUCACCGAAAAAGCAGGAGGAGAGAGGUCACACGAAAAAGCAGGAGGAGAGAGGUCACACACACCCCAGGGGAAACUACACCAUGGAGAAAAGCAUGAGCAGAUGAGCGGACAUGCAUAAAUCUGGCAGAGGAGGAGCAGGCUUUGAAUUACAGGCCGGCCUCUCUCCAUCACCCAGCCCCCAACACGGACGCUACAUUCAACAGAGGAAACGGAAAAGACGAAACAUACAAGAAGGUUUUUCAUUUCAAAACCCCGGGGCUGUGGAAAGAACAGUGAGUUCCUUUUUUGUAAAUACACUUGUCCAGUUUGGGCUGCAUUCUCAGACCACAAACCCGGCCUUCCACCACGUUAUUUCCACUUUUUGCCCUUCAUUUCCCCCAGCUGUUUGCAGCUGGCAGAAAGCACCCGCCCUGUUCGGGAAAAAGGGACCGAGCGUGACCGGAGGAGGAGAGAGAUGCCACCCCAACCUUCGCAGUCGCAGGUGAGGAAGAAUAUCCAGAAGUUCCUCAAGAGUUUUUGGGGAAUUAUCCGCAUCCUGCAGAUUGUGUUCGGAGCCGGGUUGUGGGUCACCAUCGCCGCAAACAAAUACGAAGGAUCCAUCCACUUUGUCCUGUUCGUCGCAGUCCUCUUCUGGCUCCUCACCCUCGCCCUUUUCUUCCUCACCCUGCUGGACAAGCAGGACCUCGUCCCGCUGCUGGGAGGGGAGCGCUGGUUGUCCACCAACCUGGCGCACGACGUGGCCGCCGCCGUGCUCUACCUGCCGGCCAUAGGUGUCAUGAUCUACAAGACGGAUCGCAACUCGUACUGCAACCUGGAGCAGUACAAGCACCUCUGUCUGUACAAGGUCUACCUGACAGCUGCCGUGUUCGCCUGCCUGUGCUGCCUGGCUUACCUCCUGUCGGUUAUUAAUGGAGCGUGCAGGAAGUGUCGAGGAGAACACACGGUCAUCUGAUAAGACUGAAGGGGGUGAUGGCAACAGGGAGUGAGGGGGGUAUGGGUCCUUUAGUGGGGUAUCCACAGCAAGAUGAUGAAUAGUUAACUUCACUGUAAUUUAACUCAACAGCUAGCUUACUCUAAUCACAGGUGUGUCUCUAUUGUCUCAUCACACCAAACUUUCCACUUUGGUAGUGAGGCAUCCAAAAUCAUUCUGUCAGUGAAUUUAAGAGUUGCUGACAUGAAAAUACCCAAUCAGCUCCUGGUACAGAGGCCUACCCAGGAUGGGAGUCUGAUUGUGACUUGUUAGGAGGUCUGAAGCAUUGUACCCCUUUUAUUAAGGCACGUGUGUCUGUCUCCUAGUUGUAGUUAAGGCCAUGCCUCCACCUCUAACGUUUGUUUUCCACUUAUUUAGGCUAAUGUAAUUUUUCCUUAUAAAGAAUCAUUAUAAUAGUCCUGUAGGUGCUAUUAUAGUGGCAAUAUAUUCAGUGUUUACAAUACAAUGGGCUUUACAUACAUUUGUAGAUUUGUGUUGAGUAGCUGUCCAUCUAAAACCCCUCAUGGGAUUUUUUUUUACAAGGGAGUCUUUUCAUUGCCCUUUUUUAAUGUAUAUAUUGUUUUUACGUGUUUUUUGUACGACAGCAAACUAUACUGAACAGUUACUGUUUUAGUUUUGUCUCACUUAAACGCUGCAAACAGGUUCAUAAGUGCCUUCUGUCAGAAUGCUGUAUACUCAACCAGGUUGUGACAACAACAUCCAACAAUAUGGAUGUGAUUGGUGCUACAAUGUGUAUGCUAAACAAAAAUAUUCCUCAAGUGUCCAUUAUGUAAAGCCAAAGAAUAAAGAGCAAUAAGUGAGAGCCGGUGAUAUGUUUCCUUGGUUAUGAGCAUGUAUUGGUACGCAAAAGCUUUUCAACAAACAGCGUCAAGGAAAACUGUUAAUUUUGUUUGAGUACUUUGAGUUAAAAGUAGAGAAAGAGCGGGGCCACUUUGGUGGCUUUUUGAAAAUGAAACACAGAUUUAGAGGGACUAGUGACGGAAGCCCUCAGGAAAUUCCUGUUGGGAGAUAAAAGCCUCAGCCAAUCAGCAGGGAUCAUUUGUAUGCAAUGUCAUUUGACCACAUUAAAGACAUAGAUCCUUAGACUUAUCUGUAUCUCUAACAGAUGAGGAGAGAGUCACACAUGCACACACACACGCUGACAAUCUGUAUGCAUACGCUGUAUGAUAGAAAGAAUGUGUGUGCUGCAUGAGAGUUAACCUACUUUUGGAAACAAUGUGUACAUGUUGUGUGUAAUAAUCUGGGAAGAGGCUUGUUCUUACCGGAACAGUCUGUUGGGGUUCUGGAGGUGGGCUGACGUUCAGCCAAUGAAAAUUAAGCAGUGGAAGAUUAUUCAAUGUCUCGUCUAUUCCAGGCGGCAUGCAGUUCUUAAAAACACAUGCUGCAGACAAGUUGGUUUAACAGAAACCAAAGCCAUGCUGUGACAACUCUGUUUGGAUGCCUUCAUACAGUCAGCAGGAAAGUAGCAUUACUACAUGUGAACAGUUGUGUAGCUCUCUUUGACAAAUUUGUGUUUAUAUUUAGCAAACUUGGCCUGGGGCAUAUGGUGAAAAAUGCUGCAGAAUACUCACACAUAAAGACACACUUUACUUUUUUGGGUAUUUUGCUUCCCUCCCUUCCUUGUUCCGCUGCCAACUGAAUGCGAUGAGUUCUUCUGGGAAAAGAGCAUUAGAGAUCAAAUGUUGCAUUGUCACAGCUCCAGAUUCAUAAUCAAGAAUCCAAACAAAGGCAACAAAAAUGC